AUGGUAUUGGAAGUUAAGUCCAAGACCGAGAUGUUCAAGGUCCAGAACAUUCCGGGGGUGCCGGAGCAUGUGUACUUCACCGACUUUUUGGGAAGUCGUGACGAGAACGCGCCCAACCCCAUAACAGGCUCUUGGUUUCGCAUCGAGCGAGGACCUCCGUCUACGCCGCCCAAGUACGAGUACGACGAGGUUGGUGUUGUCAUUGAAGGGAGCAUCACCUUGCAGGAUGAGGGCGGUGCCAAAGAGACUGUUAAGGCAGGGGAUAUCUUUAUGAUCCACCGAGGGAGCACGGUCGCUUUCUCGUCAAGCGAUUAUGGAAUUGCUUUCAAGUGCGGGUCCAGGUUGAUGGCUAGAUUGUAA